UUACAACAAGAGUUUAGGCUCAAAACCAGACCGUGUGAGGUUGUUUUCGUGGAAAAGAAGAAACCCAACCAUUACUCCAAAAUUCUAAACCCCUGAUAUUAAACAAUUCUUUGUUUUGUGAGAUGACGAAUACGUCUCAGUUUAUGGACAAGCAGAUAAUGGAUUUGAUCUCUUCUUCAACUUCAAAUCAAUCGCCGACGUCUUCUUCCCCUAAGCAAACCACCACCAUCACCGCCAGCAGAGAUUUUAUUGAUCUGAUGAAUCCUCCCGAGGACGACAGUCAACACCAGAGUCAUUAUAAUUGCAAUACUAGUUCCAUCAUUGGAAGUGCUGGUGAUAAUGGGAUUAGGAAGGAGGAGAUCGUUCCCAGUUACGAUUUUCAGCCGAUUCGUUCUAUUUCUUCGAGUAUUGACUCUUCCAUUGCUGGUCUCGGAUCUCCAACUUCUGCCUCUAGGGUUUGGAAUUCUGCUGAUUCUAAAUCUAAUUCCGUUCACAAUUCUGCUGCCUUGCCUAUCAGAAAUUAUGGUUCUUUGGACUCUAUUGAACCUGCAACAGUCCUUGCUGGGAAGGAUCAAAAUGCUUCUGAUGUAGCAAUAGUGUCUGUCAUUGAUAAAUCAAUGAAGAAAUAUGCUGAUAAUUUGGUACAUAUUCUGGAAGGUGUCAGUGCACAACUGACACAACUGGAGAGCAGAACCUUCCGCCUUGAGAAUUCUGUGGAUGAUUUGAAGCUUUCUGUUGGAAACAAUCAUGGAAUCACAGAUGGGAAAAUGAGACACCUGGAGAACAUUUUGAGAGAGGGUCAUCAAAUUCAAGCUAUAAAUUGUGGACUUUGUGGGGUUUUGGAGCUAAUGGUGCAAACAGGGGUGCAUCUUUUGAAGGAGAAGCAGGAAAUCGUUGAGGCUCAGCUACAACUUGCAAAGCUGCAAGUGGGAGACCAGCAACAAUUGGAAACCCAAAACUCUGGGCACAUGGACUCUGUGCAGCAAGCAGCAUCUGCCGCUCCACAAUCUCACCAGCAGUUGCAGCAGGCAGCAUCUGCCCCUCCACAGUCUUACCAACAGCUUCCUUCCAUCACUUUUCCACAGUCCAUUCCUCCUGUUCCUGCUCCUGUUCCUGUUCCUCCUCCUGCUGUCCCUCCACCACCUAUUCCCCAACAGAAUUUACCACCUCCAGCUCCACUUCCAAGCCAGUUACCACAGAGUCAGAUUACCUCUGUCCCUCAAAGAGAGCCUUACUAUUCACCGCCUGGUCAAACGCAAGAACCUCCAAAUCCACAGUAUCAGGUAUCUCUAUCACAGCAGCCACAGCCCUCUCAUGCACCACCACCACAUCAUUCAUAUCAACUUGCCCCUCAACCACAGUACUCUCAGCCACCCCAGUUGCCUCAACCACAACCUCAACCUUCAGUUUCAGUUUGUCACCAUCCUGAAGAGGCACCUUAUGGUCCCUCUCAAAGUUACCCACCAAGCUUACGCCAGUCAUCCUCUCAGCCAGCUAGUGGGGCUUCUCCUUCCACGCAGUUUUAUGGGGCUCCUUCUCACGUAUUUGAACCACCAUCUAGUAGACCAAGUUCAGGGUUUUCAGCAGGAUAUGACCCACCUUCUGGGACUACUGAACCUUAUCCUUAUGGUGGACCACCUUCUCAGUAUGGUAGCAAACCUCCAAUGAAACCACAGCAGCUCUCAUCUCUUGCUAUGUCUCACAGUGGUGGAAGUGGGUACCCUCAGCUUCCCACUGCUCGGAUAUUACCACAUGCAUUACCUACUGCUUCUGGGGUUGGUGGCGGCUCUAGUUCUUCUGGAACUGGAAACAGGGUUCCCAUCGAUGAUGUGGUUGACAAAGUGACUAACAUGGGAUUUCCAAGAGAACAUGUUCGAGCAACUGUUAGGAGGUUGACAGAGAAUGGUCAAUCAGUUGAUUUGAACAUAGUGUUGGAUAAGCUGAUGAAUGAUGGAGAAGUCCAUCCUCAGGGAAGUUGGCUUGGUCGGUGAGCUAUCCUUUUAUGCACACUUAUGUAUAGAAUUAUUACUUGUUUCAGGAUCGACUUUGCGGAGGGAGACGAUUUAUUGGGGGCCUCGACUGGAUGGUUCUUCCUUUCUCACAAUUCUUUGCUACUUUACCGUUUGUGUUAAAAUCUCAUUCAUACUUGUGUUGUCUAGCUCUGCUUUUGUGAUUACCUGUCUUAAACAGGGUCGUGAGUACACAAUAAUAUAAAGAGGUUAAUCAUUGUUCCAUUUGUUUA